AUGAUCCUACGGCGCGCACUGGGAGGAUGCUAUCGAUGCCGCUGCCUCAUUCGACGAUACAGCACAGACGACCGCGUCACCUUACACUCCCUCCUCCAAGAUGCAGCCACACCCGCACAACGCACACUCGCAUGGCGUGCAUGGUCGGGCCUCUCACAAGAUUUGCAAGCAACGCGCCAUCAACUCCUUCACGCCAUGCUGGGUGUCUUGACAACAGAUCAAAAGCAAGAUGCCCUCAGACUUCUGACUGUCCUCGAUUCAAAACACGAUGCGGAUCAAUUGGAUGCAAAGCAACGCUUGUUCUAUGGGUUUUGGGCGUAUAGCGUGUUGGGCGAGACACAACGUGCUUGGCAAUCUUUUGCAGGUCUGGAUGCCCAGCUACAAGCGCGGCAUGCUCAAACAUUCAUGAAUCGAGUCGUUGAAGUAGGGGAUUGGCUGACGGGCGUACGGAUAUGGCAUGCUGUAGGUCGAGUUCGAGUGGAUGAACUCCUCUUACUCAUCCCAAAUGUCGAGACGUUUCAAUUUCUUGGUCACUUGCCGGGAGAUGUGGCUGUCUUUCGGGAACGCAUCAGACGUGAGGUGGUGGUGCAUCUCAACCGCAUCAACAAAACAGGUGCUGCCUAUACGCUACUCAAACAAGCGUACGAGCAAGGAAGUCGCAUCUCACAAGCGGAACUAGGAACGACCUUGUUCAAACUAUCGCCACAGAACGUACUCACUCUAUUUGAUAUGGCAAGUGGUCCAUUCAAUCAUCGCAUCUACAUGGCUGCCAUGUCAGCCUGUUCACAACUCGGCAAGAUUGACCAAGCCAAACGCAUCCUCGACCAGUAUCUAGAGGAAAAGGCAUAUCUCCGCGACGUUCGGCCAUCGCAAGACAACAAGCGUGAUGCACUCACCCUCGUCAUGUCUGGUUACGCGCGUCGUGGCCUCAUUGAUGAGGUCGAGGCGCUCUACACGCAAUUCGAUGGCGAAGCAGAUGCAUAUAUGCUAGGCACACGCAUUCAUGCUGCCGUCAUGCAACUUGACUUGAAUCGUGCAACUUCGCUCUUCAAAGAAGCGUCUGCCAUGGUUAAACCAGAUCGUGUGCUGUACAACAUGCUCCUGCAUAUCCAAUCGGAUGUCAUGGACGCAGACGCUGCGUCUCAAACUUUUUCCGCUUUGCUUGAUGCAGGUUUUGUGCCGAGUGCGUAUACCGCCUCCAUCAUGAUUGACCUCUUUGCGCAUAAACGCGAUGCAGUAGGUGCACAGCGUGUCUUCGACGAAAUGGAAGGACGUGGCGUUGUCUUCAAUUCAGUCGUCUAUGGCAGUCUGAUGAAUGCGUAUGUCGAAGCAGGCGAUACGACUGGUAUGCGCAUGGUCGUUGAGCAAAUGCAGGAAAAGGGGAUUCCACCAAACAGUAAAACGAUGAAUAUCGUGCUCAAGUCGUACUUGCGAGAAGAACGACCUGUUGCUGAUUCUCAAGCGCUUGUUGAUGCCAUGGAGAAGUCUGGUAUUCAAGCAACAGACAUCACCUUUUCACACUUUUUGCAGUCUCAUGUCCGGCGAGACGAUAUGCGUGGUGCGGUCAAGACAUUCAAGAAGAUGCUUGAUAGUGGCUUGACCCCCAACGAGUACCACUAUACAAUUAUGAUGCUGGGAUUUGUCAAGAUUCGUCAACUGGCAAGAGUAACGGAGUGGUAUGAGGAUAUGCUCGACGCCGGCAUCAAGCCUACAUUUGCGACCCAUGCAGUGCUCCUCAAUGCCCUUGUUGAACGGAAAACGCGCGAGACGGUCCGUAUCGCAGAGGGUAUGCUUGAUGCCAUCUUGGCAGCACCUGGUCUUGACAUUACCUCUCGUUUUGCUCCCAAAUACAUUGCUCCACCAGAUGUGUAUAACCCCGUCAUCAAGGAUCGUGCAAUACGCAUCGACAUCAAGGGCGCCACGCGACUCUUUCGUGAAUUCCUCAAAACGGUCGCUGAAACGACCUCUCGGCCGAAUGUCCGCAUGCUGACGUAUAUUCUAAAAUGCUACGCAUUGGCAGGCGAGACAAACGCCGUGAGGACCUUGUUUGUGGCUGCCAAAAAGGACGUGGAUCGGAUGUAUCGUCUCAAACGUGGUCCACAACUCACGCAAGUGGCCAAAGGUGCUCGUUUCUUGCUCAGUCAGCCAUUGACUGUCUUUAUGAGCCAUAUGAAGCAAGAUGGACAUUAUGAUGAGAUUGAACGUGUCUGGCAUAGUAUGCUGCUACAAGGCUACGCAUUCGAUGCAACAAAUUGGAAUUUGUACAUUCAAGCACUGUUGGAUGCAGGCAAGAUUGAGCGUGCGUUUGCAGCAACAGAAACAAUGAAUAUGCGAGUGUAUCAUAAGACGAAGGAGCAGCUGGCGGGUGCUGUGGCUCUACUGCAGUCUGGCAGUGUGUUGCAGACAGAGUAUGGAUUGGAGGAAGGUAUUGAGGUCUGGCGUCGGCUUUCAUCGCGCUUCCCGGUGACGUCGAAACUGGCCGAUGCGACGACACCUGCGGAGGAGACACAAACAGCAUAA